AUGUCGCCUGCCUUGGUUUACAGAACGGAUGAUGCAUUCAUGGCCGCAGCAGAACUUGGUGAAUCCACGGUGGCCCUGAGUUUGGCCGCGAAUCCCGAUAACCUGCGCGUUGCGCUGCGCACACCUGCAACUGCCCACUCCGUCCGCCGGCGCUGUCCCAGUCCGACCUUUUCAUAUCCUUCAGUCCGGGUCACCAGUUUCAAACAGCGCCCUUUUUUCGCUGUGGCCCCAAUGGUUGCAGCUUUACUUUUUUGUCUCCCGAUUGCAAUGGACUCUCCGGAGAUGGUUUCCGCCAACCCCUAA